AUGGAAUCACUAGUCGGAGGCUUGCCGGGAAAUUCUGUUAGGCAUGAGACCGUUACAACAACUUUACAAACGGAUAACAAGGAAACAACAUUAACAUCUAUACGUCCCACGGAUACAGAACAUGUGAUUGUUUCUAGCCAAGAUCUUUUAACCGAAAUAUUUAACAGGUUACCCGUGAUUUCAGUCAUUCAGUUGAUGUCCGUAUCCAAACAAUGGUACUUUUUCAUCAAAAGCUCUAGCUAUUUUCAAAACUCUGAUCCUGGUCCCCCUAUCGGUUUGUUUUUUGAAGGUUGGGAUGCUCGUUACAAAUAUCGUUACGUGGGAUUAGAUAUCGAGAAUUCCAUCAAUAGACCACCAUUUACCACCUUAUGUUUUGACUCGGGUGCCAUAAAGAUAUUACAAUCUUGCAAUGGAUUGCUCCUUUGCGCGAAUGAUUUUCAAAAGUAUUAUGUUUAUAACCCGACAACCAAUAGGUUUAAAACGUUACCAAAGUUAAAUAAUCAUAACCCUGAUAGCACUUGUUGUAUGACAUUAGCUUUUGAUCCUUCAAUAUCAUCUGGAUACAAAGUUGUAUGUAGUUAUCUGUAUAAGGUUAUGACGAUUGAGAUUUACUCUUCUAAAACGGGCAGAUGGAAGGUUUUGAGUGAAUGUAUGGAUAAUUUGAUGGAUAUUGAACGCGGUGUGUAUGGACACAAUGCUAUCCAUUGGAUGAGCUUUCCUAAUCGGCUUGUUUAUUUGAAGUUAGAUGAGGAGUUACUUCAUUAUAUUGACAUAGAUACACCUGAUACGACGAUAUAUGGCACAAUACUUGAUGAGUUUUUGGCCGAGUCACGUGAUGGUAUGCUUCUUGUUGUGCGUUGUUGUAGGUUUCGGAGGUUAAAUGUUUAUGCGAUAAAUAAAGAUUAUUCUGAAUGGUAUAUUAAGUAUCAUGUUGAUCUUGAAGAGGUUAUUAGGGUAUAUCCGAAAAUGAUGACCCGUCUUGGGCUUCAUUUUCUUGUUCAAUCUCUUGUGCUGGGAGAAAAAGAGGAGGAUUCUUAUAUAGUCUUGGAACUCCCGGGGAAACUUAUACAAUACAAGUUUGUGGUAAACACUAUUACUCAGUUAUGUGAUUUUACCAAUGAAAGUCGUCGGAUUACUCAAGGCGGGUUCUUUCCAAAGACUAUCUUCCAGCUCUCUGAUUUUACACCCGAGAAUCGUAGAUUUAUCAAUGGCAAUUGUUUUCAUUUCAUUCCUUCCCUGACUGCUGUCUAA